AUGACGUUCCAGAGAUUGGCUGCUCUUUCGACCCGUGCGCGCAUUGCACCCAGGCUUGUUCGUGGCGGACAUGGCGCACAGCACUUUAACGAGCCCGGAGGCUACCUGUUUGGUGUCAAGCCCGGACAAAAGUACGAGAAGGAAGGCUGGGAGACGAUCUGGGUCGGCGGGUUCGGGUUUGCGUUUGCUCUGGCGGCCGUCGGUCUUUACUACAAGCCGGACACCAGGCAGGAGGCCGAGAGGCAGAUGCGCGAGGAGGGUGACGUGUUGGAAUACAAGCACACCGAGUACAGGGCUUAGACUUAGUGCUUCUUCAUCCCUGGCUUUUCGAUAAAAUUAAAAAUAUCGCAUUCGCGCCCUGCAGGGGCGGGUACGCCGGACAGGCACGGAUGGAUGGUGGUGUGGCUGGAAUAAGCAGCUUUAGGAAAUUUAAAGUCACCAGUUUUCCCUGCUGCGUCCUGAUGGGACGGGCUCCCAACAAAGACCGGCCUGGCCACCGCUGGUCUCACUGUAUUGAAGCUCAGUCAUUUGAGAAGCAAUGGCCGUCCACUCGGGAGGGGAGCUAGUGGUCCGACAGUUGCGUGGCCUGAAGCGUGUGCGGCAAUGGGGGAGGCAGAUUAGCUAACAAAGUGCU